GGUUCCGCGAGAGGCCCGAUCAGAGCGAUUGUCUACCGGGCCACAGUUCGAUGCACUGCCGCCUUGGUCCCGGUGCUUGACUGGAGUCUGACCGGCUACCUGGCGCAGCUACGGGGAAUGUUUUCUGGGAUCUACUUCUCCUGCUGGUGUUGACAGGCGGUGCUUCGGUCGCUCCCAAACAUGGCCUCCAUGACGGAGCGACCGCUUCAAGUUUAAUUUUUCCCUGAUUGUGUGCGUCCAGUCUGCGUGUUUUCCUUCUCCGGUCCCCGGGAAUGUUUCUGCGGAGGAGCUCCUCACUGCAGACCCCAGAAGCAGAUGUUAUCUGUCGCAGUAAUUCGCUGUUGAACACGUCGCUCUAAGUUGGCUGAAAGCUGGAGAGGAAAAAGAGAUCCGCGUCAAAUCGAAUGCCCUCUGAGGCCCAGGAGCCUCGGGACAGAGGACCGACGCCCCCUGUCACCCGGGCCGGACGCAGCGCUCAGCUGGCCAGAGCUGCCGCCAGUAGCCCCGCCCCCGAGAGGCGUCCCCGAGGGCGUCCCCGUAAAGAUGGCAGCAGCGGCCGCAUGGCGCCUCCUCCUCCUCCUCCUCCUCCUCCUCCUCCUCCUCCGUCCAGAACCAGGAAGCAGGGGCGAGGAAGAGGAGUAGAGGAUGAAGAGAGCGUGGGCCCUGCAGAGAAGAACCAGCCCCAGAAGAAGAGAGAGCCCAGGGUCCCCAACAAGCAGAAGGCGAAGCCUGCGGAGCGCCGGCAGCCCUCCUCCACACAUCCGGUACCGGACCCUGGACCUGCUCAGGCUGGGCUUGGCCGCCACCCUGACCCAGACCCUGAGUCCAAAGUCCCAAAGUGUAGCGCCAAACCCGCCCCCUGUACUGAGGAGGAAAAUGGAAGCAGUUUGGUUCCUGCAGCUCUGUCCCCAGACCACGGCCCAGAGGAGGGUCCUCAGAACAGUCCGUCGUCCCCAAAAUGCAGACCUGACCCCGAACCAGGAGAAGAGGACCAGCCACCCAGCCCUCCCCCCCAGGAGAGCGGCUCCAUUACCACAGAGAAUGAGAGGGACUCUGAUGUUGGUCCUGUGGAGCAGAAUCCAGUCAGGAGUCCCCAUUAUAGUCCCCCCGUGUCCCUCAGCCUGACACUGGCAGAGGAAGAUGAGGACUCCCUGUCCUCCCUGUUCCAGCACUCCCCAUCAGAGGACUCAGGGGGCUCACCCACCCCCAGCCUUGGACACACCAAACAAAGGCUGAAGCAGUGUGCCUUCUGUUACCGUGGCGACCAGCCUCCUCUGGGCCAGGGCCGGCUGGUGGUGUUCGGCCCGACACCGGGCUACAUCCCCCUACACAUCCUGAACCGCCGCGCAUCCUCCGACCGGGAUGACGACUACCAUGACCAUUGCUACCGUAAUGACCUAGCCCCGCCCGUGUGCCGCAGUCCAGCACAGUGUGGAGACAAGUCUUCCUCAGAGUUCAUAAAGCAGCUCGGACCCAUUGGCCUUCCGCACGACAUCAACGUCCAAUCACUGUUUGACCCCACAGGUCAGUGCUGCGCUCACCUGCAGUGUGCUGCCUGGUCAGAAGGUGUGCGACAAGGCGAUGGCGAAUCGUUACUCUACGUUGACAAAGCCAUCGACCAAGGAAGCACUCAGGUGUGUGCGUUCUGCCAACAUCUGGGCGCGACCCUCUGUUGCCAGGAGAAGGGAUGUGGGUGGAGUUACCACUUCCCCUGUGCUCUGGUGGCGGGCGCUCAUCUGGAGUGGAACCGCAGGCGAACGCUGUGCACCAGACACGCCCACUCAGCCUCACUGCAGUGCCUGCUGUGUUCAUCUGAAUCUGAACCCGGUGGGCUGAUGAUGUGCUGUUGCUGUGGUAACCGUUACCAUGGCAGCUGCCUGGAGCCAGCGCUGACCCCCUCCCCCCUGAACCGCGCUGGGUGGCAGUGUCAUCAGUGCAGAGCAUGUCAGAGCUGCAGGUUACAGGGUGAUGAAGAUGCGCUGCUGGUGUGUAGGCGCUGUGAUAAAGCGUACCACACACACUGCCUCACACCUCCUCUGGAUCACGCCCCGAGUACUCAUUGGACCUGCAAGAAUUGCAGGGUCUGUCUCCGAUGUGGUGUGACGUCAUCAGGACAGUGGGCCAAUCAUCCGUUCCUGUGCGAGACAUGUGACCCUGCUUUGCCCUGUCCUCGUUGUGACCAUGUUGUUGACCUCGUUUCACUACAGGAAAGUGUGACCUGCCGCAGCUGUUACAGGUCCGAACAUGCAGAGUGUUCUGAUCAGACUAGAGAGGGCAAGGCAUCUCCUCUUUACAUCUGUUCCUCCUGCAUCCCUCAGGAGGAGCAGCCCACCUCAAACAGUACCCCAGUCCUACCAAAUGACACUUCCCUGUCACCAAGUCCACCUUGCACACUGGUUCCACCCACCAUUCCUCCUGCUCAUAGUCCAGUCCAGCUCACCUGCUCAGAAUUGUCACCAACCUAUUCACCAUCACAUCACAAUCGUUCCACAUCUCAGACUGAGUUAUUACAAAUUCAACUCAGUCCUGAACCGUCAGACGAUCAAAGUUCUGCAACUGUAGAAAUGCAAAGGGAGCUUGGAGACAGUAAGGAAGACCUCCAACUCAGUCCUCCACAAUCUGGAUCGUUCUUGAAGGACAGCCUUGCAUUAUAUUUGCUAAAAAGAAGUAAUUCGGGAUCCCCUAUCGAGUUGCAAAAUCUAUCAUUAUCUACCACUGAGCUCCACCAAUCUCCCACAUCGUCACCAGGGCAAAGUUCCACCAAUGAUGACCGAUCUGUGAUGUCAUCUCUGCCUGUUGAUGACUGCUUAGAGAAAUCUGCAGACAACACCCAUCAGCAUGAGGUGACGUCUCCAGCGCAGACCCAUGAUAGUCAUAGCCCCACUCACCAAGAUACCCACAUUUUUCCUACCACGCCUACGCUACAGAGUCCUUCAGCGGCCCCUGAGGCGCUUCAAAGUCCAUCAGCAGCCACCGAGGCGCUUCAGAGUCCUUUAGCGGCCCCCGAGGUGCUUCAGAGUCCUUUAGCGGCCCCCGAGGUGCUUCAGAGUCCUUUAGCGGCCCCCAUGGCGCUUCAGAAUCCUUCAGCGGCCCCCGUGGCGCUUCAGAGUCCUUCAGCGGCCCCCGUGGCGCUUCAGAGUCCAUCAGCUCCCCCCGAGGAGCUUCAGAGUCCAUCAGAGCUUCAGUGUCCAUCAUCAGCCUCCGAGGAGCUUCAGUGUCCAUCAGCGCCCCCCGAGGAGCUUCAGUGUCCAUCAGCGCCCCCCGAGGAGCUUCAGUGUCCAUCACCGCCCCCCGAGGAGCUUCAGUGUCCAUCAGCGCCCUCCGAGGAGCUUCAGAGUCCAUCAUCAGCCUCCGAGGCCCUUGAGAUCUCAUCAGAAGCCCCAGCAACUCUCCAGAGUCCAUCAGCGGCCCCAGGAGCUCUUCAGAUUCCAUCAGCGGCCCCAGGGGCUCUUCAGAGUCCGUCAGCCGCCCCCGAGGCGACGCAUCAGAGUCAGUCAGCCGCCCCCGAGGCGACGCAUCAGAAGACCAACGGAGGUUUUGGGGCCUCACUCAUCGAAGAGACCGAUCAGGCUAUUGGAGCCUCAUUAGUCCAAGAGACUGAUAAGACUCUAGAGGCCUCACCCGUUGAAAUGGCUGAUGGAGCUCUUGGGGCUCCAUGCUACAAAGAGGCUGAUGGGGCUCUUGAGGCCUCACCUGUUGAAGGGACUGAUGGGGCUCUUGAGACCUUACCCGUCGAAGAGACCGAUGGGGUUCAUGAGGCCUUACCCGUGGAAGGGACCGAUGGGGCUCUUGAGGCCUUACCCGUGGAAGGGACCGAUGGGGCUCUUGAGGCCUUACCCUCAUCUUCAAUGAAGGGCCACAAAAUUCCCCCAAUUGUCAUUGAAGAUCCCCAUGAAAGCAAUUCCUCUUCUCUGGAAGAGACCUGUCAGCAUUCUUCACCAUCAGAAGGAAGUCUCCAUCAAAGUCUGUCAUCACCUCUACAAAAGACGCAACCCACUGAAGUUAUAUCAGUAUCAAAAGAGAUCUUGAAUUCUAUGGAUAAAUGUAAAAGUCAACUCCAAAAUGUUUCUACGCCAUUUCAGGUGCAGUCAAGUAAAAACCGGGCACAAUCUUUAAAAGAGAACCUGUCAACCUCUGCCACUUUGAUACAAGUGACAAGUCCAAGUCUGCAAUCUUCUGAUGAGGAUAGUCAGAGUCCUCUGUCAUCUCCAUUUUCUACUGGUGAGAAAUAUGAAAUUCUUGUUCAGUCUUCGGAGAAGAACCAUCCAUAUCCUCCACCAACACUCCCUGGCCAGAUCUGUACAAGUCAAAUAUCAUCUUUAAAGGACACCAUUGUAAAUCUUUGUCUUUCUCAGAGGGAGAAUUGUCAGAUUCAAAGGACCCCUCUAGAGAACACAGGUGAAAGUCUUGUAUCUUCUCCAGAGGAUGUUAUCCAAAGUCCUAAAUGCUCUACAAAUCUCAAACCAGAUUCUGUGCCAAUUGAAAGGACUGAAGACAGUCCUGAAUCAUCCCUUGUAAAAGAGGACCAUCAAAAUGCUUUGCUUUGUCCUACUGAACCACAAAAUUUCAAAGAAAGUACCAGCCAUUCAAACCUACGGACAGUGGAUCACCAAGUCAUGUCCAGGCCAUUUGAUUCUGGUCAUGCUAAGUCCAUAUCAAGCGCUACAUCAUCAUUACCACCUUACUUUCAGUCAAAAACAAAGGAAACUCAAACACUACACAGCCUUACGCCUGACAGACCUGUUCAAAGUCAGUCCGGUUCAACUGAAUGUUGUCCAGCACCAACUCAUUCUUGUCCUGCUCAACACCUUAAAACUAAAAAAAAACACGGCCCCCCAGUGCAGGCAAUUCACAGUUCAUCUGGGAUGAAUUUACCCUCUGCAAGUCUGGAAGACAAGUUGACCGAGAAUCAACAGAAUCCAGAACAGGAUAGCGAACGUCUGCAUAUACUUCCUCCACACAGCCCUUCAACCCAGAAUCUGAGUCAACCAAUGCUGAGCCCUAUCAGAUUCCAACCAGCAGAGUCCAGCUACUAUUUGGAACCUGAAACACAGCUACGAAGCCCAUGCAGUUCCACACCCAUCAUGAUCUUACAGCCUGAGCUCAGUCCCAACAUAUGUAGUCCAUUAGAAGAGGCAGCCUCUGGAUCACAUCCUCCAAAGAAAAUGUUUAGAUCCUAUUCAGCUCCUUGUAGCACCAACCCUCCCCUAGAAAUCCCUAGACCCCCCAGUCUUUCACAACCUGCAAGUCCAGUUCAGCUAAAGUAUGGCCAAACCUGCAGGCAUUUAGUGUCCCCAGCUGAGCAAAUCCUUAAAUCCAAUGGACAGACUGUUAAACUGGAACAUACCUCACCAAAUUUAAGCUCUAGAUCUGACCAAUCUAAAGUGCCCUCUGCUGGGAGACACUCUGUCCACUCAAGCCUGUUUCUUAUUUCUCCCAGACAGAAACCAGAAAGCCUUGAUAAAUGUAGCAGUUCACUUGAACACAGUAGCCUGAUUUGCUCACCUUGUGUGCCAAACACCAAGGUAAACCAGAGUGCUCAACAAAGUCAAUCAUUAUGUUCAGAAACCAAGGAGUGCCCCACACAAGCUGAGCCAGUACCUGCAAACCCUGCCUUCUGCCGCAAAACCUGCCAGAACCCCUUGCCAACAGAGACUAUCCUCCCACCACAGUCAACUGGUUUCCUCCCCACCACUUCCUCCACUCAAGCAGACAGCUCAGAGUCUCUAACUGUAAGGUCCAUGAGGACAUCACAACUGGCUCAACCUGUCCACUCAAUCUCUGGUCAGGAUGAGGAUAUAGAAUUCCCUCCUGAUAGUGAGCACCAUGCAGUAGGAAUAAGAGGCUUUGUGGUUAGUUUAUCACAGACUGAGAUUAAUCCACAUUGCGCUUAUAACCCUUGCUUAACCAGUAUCCCCUCCAUUGGAGAUGGGUCACCAGGGACUAGCUGUGCUGGUCAAAAUAGUCCUUUAUAUGUAGAGCAAACACAGAAUCCCAGCCCUGCUAGCCCACCUCACAGCCCAGCUCAGAAUAGGGAAAUGCAGCACCGACCUUCAGCAAACUCAGCAAUGGAUACCAAAGGAUCUCAGGAUCCACUGAGCUCGGCUUCUAAAGCCCUGCUUGAUGUCCAGACUGUAGAUCCUGAUAUGGAAAUGUGCCUGGCACAUGACAACCCACCCUCUCCUGGUCCACUCCCAACUGGUCCUGAAGCUGGGUCUCAGAGACCUGAUAGCCUUGCUCAAUCUACUCAAAGCCCUGCCUGCUGUUUCUAUGUUGACAAUGCAGUGAGUAACGCCAUGAUCUCCAGUGACUCAGCAAGUCCUGCCCAAUCCCAGGAUAGCCCUGCUCCCAUAAUACUUACCUCCUCGUUCCAAGCUCAGGUCUGCUCUGACAUUGACUCAGGGAAAAGCUCUGUCAUUAGUACUGUGGAUUUGGACGGUCAACAACCUAGUCCCACGCAUGGGCCUGUAGAUCCUGUUCAGCUGGAGAAAAGUUCUGACACUGGUGUUGUCCCCUAUUGUUCUGUCCAGUCAGAGUCAAGUCUCAGUCCUGUUAGCGGUAUUCAGACAGAGGCUUGCUCUGAUCCUGGUGUAGAUGAUACUUGUUCCAUAUCCAAGGAGGUCAGUUCUGGUCUGGAUCUUGCUAGUCUUGCUCCCGUCAGGCAGGAGAAGUCUGAAAUCCAUCCUAGUCACGAUCUUUCUACCGAAGUACAGCCUGAUUCCAGUCCAGCAGUCACUCAACAAACUGUGUUGGAGUGUGGAUCUCCUGGAGCAGGUGAAGAGGAGCAAAGAGAGCCACCUGAGGAACCACAGAGGAAUCCAGAAGGUUAUGUGGAGCCUGCCGAGAUGGCCGAGGGAGGAGGAAGCGUGGAGGAUGAGUGUCGGCUCCGAUUUAUUCCAGUUUGUUCUGCAGAUGUUGAAGUGAGGAAUACAUCUGGCUCCACUUUCUCUUCAGGCCUCUCUAGCCCACAUCCUAAGGCUGGUUUCCAGGAUUACUCCUUGGCCUCCUCUCCUUCCAUGACUGCCUCAUUGGUUUGCUCUCAGCCCCCUGAAGAGAACUGUCCUUUAAGGGCCGACCGAGGGUGGGAUGAGAACAGCCGGAGUGAGCCUGUUUCAACCGAGACUGAACCCACCAAAGAUACACCCGUGUCAAAAAGUGAGACUCCAGAGAAGCAGCCAGUGGGGAGAGCAGGUAAACAGCCAAUGGAAGAAGAGCACAAAGCAGAGGAGGUGAAGCCAACGGAUGAGCGUCAAGUAGAAGAUAAGGAGGAGAUCUUAGGCAGCCCCAUUCUGGACUUGGACCCAUCCUUGGACAUGGAAGUCAUGGAGUUGAUGACCACUGCCCCUUUCGCAUGUAGAGAAAAGGGGCGGAGCCUCAGACUCCCCCGCAGCUCUUUCCACCCUUCAGAUGACCUUUUGAUCCGCCUGAGGCAGUCUCCCUUCUCCACUGAAGCUUCUCCUGACACCUCACCUGCCAGGACCCCAAACACACCACCUCCGCUCACUCCACCUUCUCCUGUCUCCUCCAGAGACUCCCCUCUAGUCCAGGCUCCACCAACCACCGUGUUCCCCUUCACCCAGAAGAUUGGCAUGGGAAAACCAGCAAUCUCUAGGAGGAAGUUCUCCCCUGGCAGGGCCCGGGCCAGACAGGGUCGCGGUUCUGGAUUUCCAAGCAGGAGGAGGUCCAGAGGAGGAGGUGUUGGUGGAGGAAGAGGAGGGAGAGGAAGGAGUCGGCCCAAGACCCAAGACGGUCCUCCUGUGGCCCCCGGGGGCGUCUCCAUGGAAACGUUUCAGAUGAAGGAGGAGGAGGAGAACUCCAUGCACAACACGGUGGUGAUGUUCUCCACCUCGGACCAUUUCACCCUCAAACAGGACAUGUGCGUUGUGUGCGGCAGCUUCGGGCAGGGGGCCGAAGGACGCCUGCUGGCCUGCUCCCAGUGCGGCCAGUGUUACCAUCCCUACUGCGUCAACGUGAAGAUUACCCGGGUGGUCCUCACCAAAGGGUGGCGCUGUCUAGAGUGCACGGUGUGUGAAGCGUGCGGCGAUGCCUGUGACCCCGCCCGUCUGCUGCUGUGUGAUGACUGUGACAUCAGCUACCACACCUACUGCCUGGACCCGCCCCUCCUCAUGGUGCCCAAAGGCUCCUGGAAGUGCAAGUGGUGUGUGUGGUGCGUUCAGUGUGGCUCCACCUCCCCUGGCCUGCGAUGUGAUUGGUUGAACAACUACAGCCUGUGUGGCCCCUGUGGCAGCCUCAGCCAGUGUCCAGUCUGUCAGCAGUGCUACGUCCACGACCAGCUUGUCCUGCAGUGCUCUCAGUGCGACAGGUGGGUCCAUGCUGUGUGCCAGGGCCUGGCCUCGGAGGAGGAGGUGGUUCUGGCUGCUGACGAAGGCUUCGAGUGCUCGCUGUGCCGGGACCCUGGACGCCCCCCCGCCGCCAUGUCUGAGAGUUCGGGUCCUUUCGUGGCACAGAUUGUCUCCAGAAGCAGAGAAAUGGAUUUCAAGACUUAUACUCAGGACGGAGUCUGCCUCACGGAGCGCGGGCUCACCCACCUGCAGGCCCUGGUUGAGCCUCUGACAUCACCGCGAAAAUACCGCCGGUGUAAACCCAAGCUGAAGUUACGGAUUAUCAACCAGAACAGCGUCUCUGUCCUGCAAACCCCAACAGACCCAGAGACUCCCACCAAACCAGACCAGAACCAAGGUGACUUGGACUGUGACUUGAAGUCUGACUCCAGCCCAGAGCGGGAUCAGGCUCAUCUCGAUGACAUCACAAAGGAGACUGAUAUCACUGAAGAUGGCAAGAAGAGGAAGAGGAAACCUUAUCGGCCAGGUAUCGGAGGCUUUAUGGUGCGGCAGCGUGGAGGUAAAGCCGGACUGGGCAGGAAGGAUUCAUCAGACAUGAUGCCGAGUCGAGAUACUGGUGUGUUGGAGACUGAUGUUGCCAUGGAGACCAUGUCUGCAGCUGAACAGGCAAUGGAAAAAGUAAAGAAAAGAUACAGGAAGAAAAAGACAAAGCUGGAGGAGUCAUUCCCGUCGUACCUACAGGAGGCUUUCUUUGGCCGCGAUCUCCUUGACCGCAGCCGACAGGUGGAUGGGAGCCCGCAGAGAGCAGUCACAGGCAGCAGCCAAUCAGGUUUAGCAGUGAUUGACCCUAAAGCCCCACCCACCCACAGCGUCCCAGGUCCUACCCCCACUAUGCUGCUUUUGGGCACCAUGGCAACCAGCAGGAAACGGCUGCCCAUGUCAUCUGAGGCUCUGGUGGAUCUUUCUGACAUCCUGAAUAGAGACCCUCACAUUCUGGAAACUGGACACACAGGUCAGUUCCAGGUGGAGCGUUCUCCAUCUCCGUUUGCGGGUCUGGACAUCAGCUCAGUGGCCAGUGACCCCACCCUGUCCUCUUACCCCCCGGAUGGUUGUGGCCGUGGUCGGAGAGCGGCGCAGGACGAGCCUCUGGACGCCAUCCUGAGUCCUGAGCUCGAUAAGAUGGUCACAGAUGGAGGAAUCCUCAGCAGACUCUGUAACAUCCCAGGUAAUCCCAUGAAGAGCUCUGUCUCUGUCUGUCCCUCAGACUGGUCCACCAGGGUAAAGCAGAUCACCAAGUUGUGGAGGAAGGCCAGCUCUCAGGAUAGAGCGCCCUUCGUGCAAAAAGCUCGGGACAACCGUGCCGCUCAGCGAAUGAACAAGGUGCAGCUGUCCAACGACUCGCUGAAGCGGCUGCAGCCCUCCCAGCCGCCGCCCCUGGGCCUCCAUGACCAGGUUCCCAUGGAGACGGAGGCUGUCUUCAAAGACCCGUUGAGGCCCAGAGAGUCUGAGCAGGAGCAGGAGUGGAAGCUGCGACAGAUCAUGCGUCAGAAGAGCAAGCAACUGGCCAAGAUGGAGGCCACCCAGAAGUUGGAGCAGGUGAAGAACGAGCAGCGGCAGCAGCAGCUCCGUCAGUCGGGACACCUUUCCCCAGAAGGUCCCGCCCAGCAACCGGUUGCCAGCGGCGACAUCUCGCCCCUGCAGCCGUCGUCAAGCCACCAACAGCUCCUGCAGGAAGCCGGGUCAGGGGGGGUGAAUGAUGUCUUCCUCAGGCCUCAGGUCCCACCCCCCUCUGGAUUCUCCUCCCUGCCCCACUCCCCCUUGGCCUCCUCCCCCUUGCACCAGCCUCCGUCCUCCCCCCAGAUGUUCUCCCCCCCCUCCUCCCGCCCCUCCUCUCCCUGGGACUCCUUUUCCAAAGCAGCAGGUCCUCCUCGCCCCUCAGUUCCUCCUCUUACUCAGCAGCAGCGGCUCAGCCUCCUCAGCGUGUCCCCCGCCCACGAUGCCUCCGGCUCCUCCGCUCCGUCCCCAGACUCCUCCAACCCAGGUUUGCAGAGCAGGAUGGGGGUGAUGAGCCCGGCCUCCUGCUCCCCCCCUGAUUUGACUGGCAGACAGAACCGGGCCGCAGAGCCCUUCAAGUGGACCAGCCUGGCAGUCCCGGGAGCGCUGUUUAAAGCCCCCAUGCCCCGACAGCAAGAUCUGGGAGGAGGAAGGAGAGACCUGGGCUUCCCCCCCAACCUGGACCCCCCUUUACCGUCCAGUCCGGCAUCAAGCCUUGGCUCCCCCCAUCGUAGUCCCUACGCCCAGACCCCUGGGACCCCCAUACAGCCCAGCGACCCCCUUCCCCCCAAGUCCCCUCUGAGUUCCAGACCCUCCCCCGACCCUAACAGAGAGACCCCCAGUACACCUCACCCCCACUCUGACUUCGGAUACCUCACCACUCCACCUGCACUGAGACCGGACCAGAUAAGCCAGCACCCCUCCCCAUCCUGCCAACCGCUGGACCCCUACGCCUCUGCCCCAGGAACCCCCCGCCCCUUGGAGCGAUUCCCGCCGUCCCCAGGCCCUCAGCGAGGCUUUGACUCCUCCCAGCCUGCAGGGACACCUCUUCAGCAGCCUUCAGCCCCUCGGCCACCUAAGGCCCAGGCUGCGGCGUCUGAGUCGGCCCCUGUUGGAGCCGGACUCAUGGCGGCGCUGGGAACCUUCAGCGCUGCAGGACCCAAGGAAUCAUUUCCCAGAACCAGCAGCACUCAGAACCUGAAGCAUCCUGGAACACCUGGAGACAGGGCCUUCCAGGACGUCCUUCCACAGAUGGAGAAGUCCAGGACCAGCGAGCUGUCCCCCGUGGACGGAGUCUUGAGCAUGCUGCCCCAGCUGGGAGACUCUGAGGAGAAGCAGCGACAUCGUCUGUGGCUCCGUCAGCGGAUCCUUCAGCAGCAGCACCAGAAGUUUGCUCUGCAGCAGGAGAAAGAUCAGCUGGAACGGGCCCCCGGUCCACCCGGUCCACCCGGUCCCCCCGGUCCUGAUACUCCUCUUCACAGCUGGUCCUCCGCACCGCCUGCAGACCCAUUUGGACGUCCUCCCCCGCCUUACCCCGGCACAGGGCCGCCUCCUGCCCCAAGGUUUACUGGGCUCCCCCCCAGCGAGUCCCCCUUCCACAGACAGAACCCCCUUAGAGAUCACGCUGUGAGGUUUGGCGUUCCUCCAGUGGGCCUUACUGACCCCUCAGGGCGUCCGCCUGGAGCGGCUCCAGUGGUCCAGAUGAGGAGACCUGUUGCAGCAGAGUUCAGGAGGACUGGGCCCAUGGUGCCUCCCAACACGGCCUCGCAGCUGGUUCCAGGCGGCGCCAUGCCCUACAUCGAGCUCCGGCACCGCGCCCCAGAAAACCGUCUUAGGCUGCCCUUUCCGGUACCGCCGACCCCAGAGCAACAGCAGGCGACUGCCCAGUCCGCCGCAGUGCAGCCCGGGCUGGUCAGGACUGGGGAGACUGGACUGGGCCAGCUGGACCAGCAUCACCUGGGUGCUCUCCCUGGUUCUGAUCCGAUAGAGGAACACCUGGAUUCAGCCGUGAAGGACCUAGAGGACGUAGAAGUGAAGGACCUUGUGGACUUGAAUCUGAACCUGGACCCAGAGGAUGGUAAAGAAGAUCUAGACCUGCAUCUGGAUGACUUCCUGCUAACGGGGAAGUUCGACCUGAUUGCCUACGCUGACCCAGAGCUCAACCUGGAGGACAAGAAGGACAUGUUCAAUGAGGAGCUGGACCUAGGGGAGCCGGCGGAGGACAGGGAACCGGGCCGCGGCGGCGGGAAGGUGGAUGGCGCCGCCCAGGUGAAACAAGAGGUGAGGGAAGCGAAGCAGACUGAAGGAAAUGCCGCAGCUUCUAGCAGACCUCCAUCAUCAUCAUCACCUCCUCCCAUGAAGGAGAAGCAGGCGGGCUCCGGUUCUGGUCCAGCUGUCCGACCGCAGGAGCAGGUUCUGUCCUCCGUUCAUCGCUUGAUGUCUCCAGGACAGCCAUCUGUCUUCCAUCAGCACCAGAGACUGCUUGGAACCGGACCAAUUUCCAGGACUCAGUGCCCAGUUCUUGGGGGUCCAGCUUCUCAGGCUCCGCCCACCGUGGCUCCGCAGCCUCCGCUCCUUCCAACCCCCCAGAACCAAACUCUUCAUCCAACCAGCGAAACCCAGACUGGGAGCGUAACCAGCUUUCCUGAAAACCAGAACAAGUCCAGGCCUCUGCUGCUGGAGGAGCAGCCGCUGCUUCUGCAGGACCUGCUGGACCAGGAGCGGCAGGAGCAGCAGCAGCAGAAACAGAUGCAGGCCUUGAUCCGCCAGAGACCUGGACCGGAGGCCGGAUUCUCCGUGGAUUUGGAGUCGGUCUCUGACCCGAUCAUGAAGGCCAAGAUGCAGGCUCUGAAAGGAAUCAACCGGGUGAUGAGUCAGGGGACCCUGGGCCUGACCCCCAUGGUCAUCAACAGGUUGCAGCAGACCCCAGGGGCCCCGGGCCCCGAGUUACCUUCUCCGUCUCCCCUCCAAGCAGGACAGGACGGGAAGAAGAACCCUCAGCUGGUGCGACGCAACCCCCCCAGCUUUGGACCCGGCUUCAUCAGUGAGCAUCAGAACCGCAGCAGCCGUGACACACCCACUGAGAAGCCCACUCUGGUGAUUGGCAGCUCCAUAGACAGAAACGUGGCAUUAGAGACACCAGGGACCAUAGUCAAAUGUUUGCCGGGGGCCAGAAUGGGCGACAUCAAAUCCUACCUUAAACUGCUGGCUAAGGAUAAGGUUAAAUACAUCCUGUUGUUUCCCUUGCAGGUUAAGUUCGAUGACAACAACCCGUUCAGCGAGGGUUUCCUUGAGCGAGAACGAAGGGAGCGCCUGAGAGAGCAGCAGGAGCGGCAGAGAGUUCAGCUGAUGCAGGAGGUGGAGCGCCAGCGUGCCCUGCAGCAGAGCAUGGACCAUCAGGACAAGCUUGGAUGUGCAGCAGCUGGUGUUCCUGGGACACGCGUCCCUAUUGGACCGGCACUAGGCUCCAGUGAGGACAGCGUCUCUGAGAUACCGUUCCGCAGUACUCAGUCUGGAAUGGACUUUCCUCAGUCCUCCUCAGCCUCCAAACUCCCACAUAAGAUCCCAGAGGCUGCAGGUGGACCCAUCCCCCCUCAGAGCUUCACUGGGGGACCCCUGCAGCCCGGAGCUUCCUCCCCUGCAGGGGUCCUUCUUGAGGGGAGUGUAGCAGGCCUCCAGUCCAGACCAAGGUUGCUGGGACACCAGCAUCCAGCAGGGAUCACUUCUCAUCUCUUUGGACACGAUCCUUCCUCGCUGCUGACCUCUUCCUCUGCUCGCACCCCCCCCAUCAUCACCCUCAGCUCUGACAUCAAUCCUGAACAUAAACCAAAGAGCAGCAGAAACCCGAGCAGAGCCGAGGAAGCAGGCGGAGCCAGAACACCUCUGUCACCUCGCUUUGACAUCACUGCUCCACCCAAUCCAGCUGCCUCAGAUAAGUCCUGCUCCAGUCCUACCCACCAGACUGACACCCCCCCAUCGGGCCCGGACCCUCCGUCUGAGAGGCAGCUGUUGGUGAGCUCUGGAUCCCAGCAGAGAGGAGUAGGAGGCCUGGAGGUCAAGGUGGAACACAUGGAGACGGCGUCCUGUCGAGGAGGGCCUGUGAAGACCGCGGACGGUGGGAGGGGUUGCUCCUCUCCUGCCGCUCAGGGGGGGGACGGAGGGAAAGAGCUUCUCAGACACCUUCUGAGGGACAAGACUUCCCCCGUCAUCAUGGCGUCUCCUACCGGGCCUCCCCGGCCGUCCGCUGGCGGUCUGCGGUCUGAGGAGGAGGAUGGAGCGGGUUACCAUGGCAAUGCGGACGGUUUUGAUCUAAGGAAAAUUCAGCGCAGCAAGAGAGCAAACCGAGCGGAGAAAGACCGAGCUCCGCCCAGGUCCAAGAGGAGGAAGAAGGAGGAGGAGGAGGAGGAGGAGGAGGGGGGCCUGCAUUCUGACCCGCUGAUGACCCAGCUGAGACAGCUGUCGGAGCUGCCCCUCAUGGAGCCCAUCCUGGGGGUGGAUCUGAGCCUUUUCCCCCCUUACGGAAACUCCUCGCUUGGCAGAGAGUCCCGUCUCAGUGGCUCCUUUGGGAACGCCGCCCUGGAUGGCGUCUCCGACUUUUAUUCACAGCUCAUCUACAAGAAUAACCUCAGUAACCCCCCCACACCGCCGGCCUCCUUGCCUCCCACCCCCCCGCCUGUCAGCAGGCAGAAGAUGGUCAACGGCUUCGCCUCAGUGGAGGAGCAGGAUGGUGAGGGUCUGUUGGCAUCGAAGCGCAAAGACGACCAACCUCUCCAUCUGAACCACGCCUCAAAAACCGUGGAUGUCCCUGCGUCUCUGCCCACGCCGCCCCAUAACAACCAGGAGGAUCUCAGGGUCCAGGAGCCAGAAUGCCGCAGUCCUGAGGGGUUCGUGCCAUCGUCGUCUCCAGAGAGCGUGGCGGACGUGGAGGUCAGCAGGUACCCUGAUCUGUCCUUCAUCAAGCUGGAGCCGCCCUCCCCCUGCCCCUCGCCUACAUUACCUGUCGUUUCCUGCUCUCUGGGCAAAGGCCUGGCAGUGAAACCAGAGGUGAAGGCAGAACCACACCUCCAGGCCCCAUCCACCUGCUCCAACACCGACCUGGUUACCAUAGCGAUCACGCUGAACCCGGCUGCCUCUCAGAACAUUCCAGGUGUGAUGGCAGCGGUGGCGGCGCUCCUCAGGGUCCCUGGCCCCAUCAACUACCAGCUGAACCAGGCGCCGGGCGCCGACCGCAGUUCCCUGGCCCUGCUGGCUGGGGUCCGCGUGCCGCUGAUGCAGCAGAGGACGGCGCCAGCUGCGGGGAACCAGCCCGGCCGCUGCAGCCGCUGUAGGAGGCUGCUGGGAAACGGAGUCCACCGCAGACCGGAUUCUGAGUCCAAAGACCGGUCCAGUUUGGUCUUCUGCAGUCCCACCUGCUCCGCUCUGUUUGGGAACGAGCAGCUGAACCGUCCUGACCAAUCCAAGCCCGCAGUCCCGGUGCCCCCUAGCAGAACUCCGCACCACUACACCCACAACAUGUCGUCCAUCGCCGUCCAUUCGCUGCCCCCCGCUGAUUUAUCCUCCUCCUCUUCACCGCCGCCUGCCUUCCCCCCUGCCUCAGCCAUCACCAUGGAGACGAAGUGCCACUCUGACAGCCUCAAGGUUAAAGUAAAGCUGAAGCCCCGCCCACGGACCGUGUUGGGGGAUGAAGCUCAGAACUCAAAGAAGAUGAGAACAUCUCGUUGGCGACGCUGGAGCUUCAGCAUCACGCUGAGCAGAGGUGCCUAUGUCCCCAAAGAGGCGGUUUCCAUGCCAACAGAAGACGAAGUGGAUGAGCUCCUAAGGAAGUUUGGGGUAUGUUUACGUCCUGACCCGCUACCUAAAGACCAGCGGCGGUGCUGUUUCUGUCAGCAGCAGGGAGACGGGCUGACAGACGGACCGGCUCGCCUGCUGAACCUGGACCUGGAUCUGUGGGUGCACCUGAACUGCGCGCUGUGGUCCAGCGAAGUGUACGAAACCCAGGCGGGUGCCCUGAUCAACGUGGAGCUGGCGCUGAGGCGGGGCCUCGCCCUGCGCUGUGCCCACUGCUCCCGCACCGGGGCCACCACUGGCUGCAACCGGCUGCGCUGCACCAAUACCUACCACUUCACCUGCGCCCUGCAGGCCCAUUGCACCUUCUUCAAGGAUAAGACCAUGCUCUGCCACCUCCACAAGCCCAGGAUGCUUCCUCUGAGCGGGGACAGGUCCUCUAGCUCCUCCCCCUUCUCCACACCCGGCCCCGAUCUGGCAGCGAGCGCCGACCCGUACGACUCGGAGCUGCGCUGCUUUGCCGUGUUCCGGCGGGUCUUCGUGCAGCGAGACGAGGCACGGCAGAUCGCCGCCAUUGUCCAGCGAGGGGAGCGGCAGCACACCUUCCGGGUCGGCAGUCUGCUGUUCCGAGCCGUCGGUAGGCUCCUCCCUCAGCAGAUGAAGAGCUUCCACAGCCAGACGGCCAUCUUCCCUGUCGGUUACCAUGCCAACCGCUUCUAUUGGAGCAUGCGCCACAGCAACAGACGCUGUAAGUACAUGUGUUCCAUCGAGGAGCAGGAUGGCCGGCCGCUGUUCAAGGUGAAGGUGGUGGAGAAAGGCCACGAAGAUGUCGUCCUGACGGGAUCCUCACCCAAAGCUGUGUGGGCCCAGAUACUGGAACCAGUGGCACAGCUGAGGGACUCGAGUGGAACUCUGAAGCUCUUCCCAGUUUACCUGAAAGGAGAAGAUUUGUUUGGUUUAACCACGUCUGCAGUGACCCGGAUCAUCGAGUCUCUGCCAGGGGUGGAGGCCUGUGAGCGUUAUACGUUCCGUUACGGCAGGAACCCACUGAUGGAAUGGCCUCUGGCCUUUAACCCAACAGGGUCAGCGCGCUCUGAACCCAAAGUCAGCCAAGCCAAGAGGCCUUACCUGCUGAGCAGCAUCGCCCCCAGGGGCCAGGGCUCUGUGGGAUCCAUCGUGGGCCUCGUCCCGGGGGUCCUGUCUCUGUCUCCUGGCGAGUCGGUCGCUGGCGCCCAUCAGGGCCGCCACUCCAAGUCGGCCCAGUACCGCCGCAUGAAGGCAGAGUGGAAGAGCAACGUGUACCUGGCUCGCUCCCGCAUCCAGGGACUGGGACUGUACGCCGCCAGAGACAUCGAGAAGUGCACCAUGGUAAUCGAGUACAUCGGGACGAUCAUCAGAAGCGAGGUGGCCAAUCGCAAGGAGAGGCUUUAUGAGGCACAGAACCGCGGCGUCUACAUGUUCCGGAUUGACAACGACUAUGUGAUUGAUGCCACCAUCACCGGAGGACCGGCGAGGUACAUCAACCACUCAUGUGCGCCAAACUGCAUCACUGAGGUGGUUACCGUGGAGAAGGAAAACAAGAUCAUCAUCAGCUCCUGCAGACGGAUCCAGAGAGGAGAAGAGCUGUGCUACGACUACAAGUUUGAUCUGGAAGACGACCAGCACAAGAUUCCGUGUCACUGUGGAGCUGUGAACUGCCGCAAGUGGAUGAACUGAGUGCCCCCUCUGUGGGCGGAGCUAAUGACAUCAUCAUGAUUCUACAGCUGAUAGAUUAGAUCAAAGUAAAUAAAUUUUCUACUUUUUAAUGAAUCAACAAACGGCCUACAUGUGGGUGGAGUUGGUGCUGAUAUUGGAAGGGGCGGGGCUUACCAAGAGGCUGGUCCUCGCUGUAAAUUUCCUGUAAACAUGAGCUAAGAUGUAAAUGUGAGUUUAAACGCCACUGAAAUAAAAGUCUAGUCCUUUAACUUGCACUAAAAGACAUGAAACCCACACAGACCUACCUGAUUCUUCGCCCUCCUCUUCAUCCACUUCCUGUAAAAUAAGAGAUUUUCUUCUUUUUGUAUUUAUUACUGAAUGAGGCUAUUUUCUAAAACUCUGCUGCAUUCAGAUCUAAUGUGGCAGCAUGUAAAUAUCUGUACCAUAAGUAAAAACCUCCUUCUCCUUCUCACCUGUGUGUCCAGUUAAACCCUGAGUUUGGUCUGCAGGCGUCCUGCUGCCGUGUAAAUACCAGGUUUUAUUCAGGCUCUGCCGAUGUGUACAGAUAGAUGACAUGAAGCCUUGGUUUUUUUUAAUAAAUGGAUGUAAGCAAAGUGAUGUUUUUGGGAAAAACAGUGAAUCUGAUUUAGUCAUUUACAGAGAAUAAAAUAUUUUAC